CCCAGCUCAUACUGUUCCUACCAUUGAUGACGACGGGUUCAUACUAUGGGAGUCGAGAGCUAUUAUGCAAUACUUGUGUAACCGAUACGCACCGGACAGUCCCCUCUAUCCGACUGAACCCAAAAAGCGUGCACUUGUGGACCGUUGGCUUAAUUAUGACCUGUCUGUUUUUAGCGCACUCGGAGAAUCACUGUUGAGACCAAAGUUUAUGGGUUUGGAAAUGAGCGAAGAAAAUAAGACGAAAUUUAAUGACACAAUCAAACUCUUGGAUCAGUUAAUUGGGAACAAUAAAUAUGUGGCGGGAAGUGACCUAACAAUUGCCGAUUUAUCUUUGUUGGCCACUACUAACACACUGAUAGUAUUGGGCGUGGAUGUGAGUUCUUACCCUAACUUUAAGACUUGGAUAACUGGAUUGACUAAAGAACUGUCUUAUUUUGACGAGAUUCAUAAGUUUAAAGACGACGGACUCCAUAAGGCAUAUAUCGCCAGAAUGAAGGCUUCCUUUCUUGAGAAACUGAAUAAAAGUCAAUAAAAUGUGUCAGG